AUGGGGCCCCCAGGCAAUAGGGGAUCAUGGGGCCCUGUGUCCUUGCCCAAACUCAAAAAAGCCUAUGAAAAAGGUACCAGGGGCAUCUCAUGGGGCCCCUUACUGACCCCGGGCCCUCGGGCAGUGCCCGGGUUUCCAAAGGGUCAGUCAUUUGCCCUGGUUGUAAAUGAAACUAUGGAGGAAGCAUUUAUGACUGAAGAGACUGAUAGGGUCUCUUCUGUCAGAAGUGUCCUGUCUGUCAGCAUUUUUUAAAAACAAAGUUUACUACUACCUAAAAGCUUUUUGAAUGUAUCUAAUGUUA